GUUGAUUUCAGUUCUAAUUCAUUAAAAAUUAAAGAUUUGGAUCCAUUCAUGUAUUUUACAAGCUUUGAUUCAGAGUUAAUAUAACUUUUUAGAUGAGAUUCGGUUCUGCCUUUCGGAUCCAAUUAUUUUGGUCGACCAUUUACUCUCCUUUCCUACGAAAACGAUAUAAUAAUUCAGAAAUCCUUUUAGAUAAAAGAAAAAGAAAAAAAAUCAAAAUCUUCAUCCUAUAAAACUAUAAACGUCUCUUCUCUCUUUCAUCACUGCAAGAAACUUAAUCACAACUCAUCCUUUUCACUCUCUCUUCUCAUUUUCAAUGGCGACCCAAGAUUCACAAGGGAUCAAACUCUUCGGCAAAACCAUUACAUUCAACGCCAGUAAUAUCACAACAACGACGAUUAAAAGAGAAGUGCACCAACAACAGCCAGAGGUACAAGCAACAACAGACGUCAGAUCAUCAUCAACGGAUCUAACGGUGGAGAAGCGUCCAGACAAGAUCAUAGCAUGUCCGAGAUGCAAGAGCAUGGAGACUAAAUUCUGUUACUUUAAUAAUUAUAACGUUAAACAACCAAGACACUUCUGCAGAGGUUGUCAGCGUUACUGGACCGCUGGUGGAGCUCUCCGGAAUGUUCCCGUCGGUGCCGGUCGCCGGAAAGCCAAACCUCCGGGCCGUGUCGGUGGAUUCGCCGAGUUUCUUGGGGCUGCGACUGCAGCGGUCGAUCAGGUCGAGCUUGACGCUUUGCUGGUGGAAGAGUGGCGAGCAGCUGCGUCACACGGUGGUUUCCGGCAUGACUUUCCGGUGAAGAGACUCCGUUGCUACACCGAUGGUCAAUCUUGUUAAAUAUUCUAAUUUAAAAUUUUAUUUUUCAUAUUAUUUGUUUUGGUUUGGGUUUGGUUUAAUCCUUUAGAAAGAACAUGGUUAAAUUUGCUUACUGGAUACGUACAGGCUAGCAUCAAAAAUUAACUAGUUGGUUAAUUAGGAGAGUUUAAUACUUGCUUGUCUACUAAACAGCUGUCGCGCUUUUUCAUCAAUCUCUCUUUAUUGAAUCGUCAGUUGUAAAUUGAAGCUCGUGGGAUUUUUCUUCUAUAAAGAAUUCGGAGUCGUUGACCAUCAA